AUGGCCAUACAACUAGUCAAAGAAUGGACUGCAAUUCAGCAGUUUCCUGCAGCCACCCAGGGCAGAUUGCUUGAACUGUUGGGGAAAUUAAAGCAGGAGAAUGUCAGCACACUGACAGUCCUUGUUAUGGGGAAGGGUGGUGUUGGAAAAUCUUCCACUGUGAACUCAAUUAUAGGGGAUCGAGUGGUUACUAUUAGUUCUUUCCAGUCAGAAACACCAAGACCAGUGAUGGUUUCACGUUCCCGGGCAGGAUUUACAUUGAACAUUAUUGACACUCCAGGGCUCGUUGAAGGAGCUUAUGUCAGUGACCAGGUGCUUGAGACCAUAAAAAGGUUCCUUUUGAACAAGACGAUAGAUGUUCUACUCUAUGUGGACCGUUUGGAUCUGUAUAGAGUAGAUAAUUUGGAUAAGCAGGUUGUGAAAGCCAUAACUGAUAGUUUCGGUAAAGAAAUAUGGCGUAAAGGUAUCGUAGUCCUUACACAUGCUCAGUUCUCACCUCCAGAUGGAUUGAAUUAUGAUGAGUUCUUCUCCAAAAGAUCAGAGUCUCUUAUGAAAAUUGUCAGACAGGGAUCACGGAUAAGCAAAAAGGAAAUUCAGGAUUCUCCAAUCCCUGUUGUUUUAGUUGAGAACAGUGGGAGAUGUGUCAAGAACGAACAGGAUGAGAAGAUCCUUCCGACCGGAACUCCUUGGAUCCCCAACUUGGUCCAAAUUAUCACUGAUGUUGCCUUGAAUCAAAGCAAGGGUAUUCUUGUUGACAGGAAGUUGAUUGAAGGGCCAAACCCAAAUGAUAGGGGGAAAUUAUUUAUCCCUCUCAUCUUAGCAUUCGAAUAUUUCUUCGUUUUCAAACGGAUUCAAAAGUGGAUCAAGGACGAUAUUUCAAGGGAAACGAAGCCUUCAUGGGAAUGA